CCUAAAUUUUAUUGCUUUGAUAGAUAAAAUUAUACCAAUGCUUAUGAAGUAAAAUUAUGUAUAAUUAUUCAACUAAUAAAAGAUAAAAAGUUGUUAUUUGUUGAAAUCUCAUUUCCACCCACCUUUUCCUACUCCAAGGCAAAACAAGAUUCUCGUGGCGAACGUGAGGGUGCGAGUCAAUCAUUGCCAUCAUGGCGCAGGUUGCGGAAGAAGCUUUCCCGGUAGAAGGCAUUUUGCCCAAGAAGGAGACAGGUGCAACUUGUUUUCUGGCCAAGUAUCCAGAUUACGACGGGCGAGGCGUGACCAUAGCUAUUCUUGACACAGGUGUUGAUCCAGAAGCUCCGGGACUGCAGGUGACAAGCGAUGGCCGCCCCAAAGUGAUCGACAUGGUUGAUGUUACAGGAUCAGGGGAUGUUGACACUUCAACAGUUGUUGAGGCUGUUGAUGGAGAAAUCACUGGCUUGUCAUCAAGAAAGCUGAAGAUUCCUGAUUCAUGGAAGAAUCCUUCAGGCAAAUACCACAUUGGGCUGAAGGCAGCCUUUGAUUUGUAUCCAAAGGGGCUCACUGACAGAAUUAAAAAAGAACGCCGUGAAGAAAUGUGGGAUCCACCACAUCGUGUAGCAUUAGCCGAGGCAAGUCGAAAGCUGGACCAAUUUGAAAGUGGUGAUCAUACAGCAGAUUUGGAAGAUGCACUGUUGAAAGAAGAGCUCCAAAUGAGAGUUGACCUGCUGACUACUUUAGACAAAAAGUUCAACGACUGUGGGCCAAUCUACGACUGUCUUGUCUUUCAUGACGGAGAUACGUGGAGGGCAUGUGUGGAUACCAGUGAAUGUGGAGAUCUUCAGAGCUGCAAACUGUUAUCCAGCUUUCAUGAAGAAUACCAGCGGGCUAGAUUUAGUGAAGCAGACAUGCUGAAUUAUGCAGUCAAUAUUUAUGAUGAUGGGAAUGUUCUGGAGAUUGUCACCAAUGCUGGUUCUCAUGGAACUCAUGUAGCAUGCAUUGCCGCUGGAAAUUUUCCAGAACAACCAGACCGUAAUGGUAUAGCACCGGGAGCUCAGAUUGUAAGCAUCAAGAUCGGGGACACUCGCCUCGGCUCCAUGGAGACAGGAUCUGCCCUCGUUCGUGCUAUGGUGAAAGUCAUUGAGCGUAAAUGUGAUCUCAUCAACUACAGCUAUGGAGAAGCAUCAAAUUGGUGUAACAGUGGGCGUGUAUGUGAAAUUUUGAGUGAAGUUGUCACCAAGCAUGGGGUGAUAUUUGUGUCAAGUGCUGGCAACAAUGGGCCAGCCCUGUCAACUGUGGGAACACCUGGCGGAACAACCAGUGCUAUUAUUGGUGUGGGAGCUUAUGUCACACCUGAGAUGAUGGCAGCUGAGUAUUCACUGCGAGAAAAGCUUCCAGCCAUGCAUUACACCUGGUCUUCCAGAGGGCCUGUGAGUGAUGGAGCCUUGGGUAUUUGCAUCUCUGCACCUGGUGGUGCCAUUGCCUCUGUUCCAAACUGGACUCUACGUUGUUCACAGCUGAUGAACGGAACCAGCAUGAGUAGUCCCAAUGCAUGUGGCGGAAUUGCCUUAAUUUUGUCUGCGCUGAAGGCACGGGGAGUUCAAUACACACCAUUUUGUGUGAGGAGAGGUCUAGAGAACACUGCCAAAUUUAAUGAAAAUAUGGAUCCCUUUGCUAUGGGUCGAGGUAUUCUUCAGGUGGAGAAAGCAUUUGAGCAUAUAUGCCAGUAUGCAAAUCAGCAGGAACGCAAUGUCCACUUUAGUGUUACAUGUCAAGGAAACAAUCGUGGCAUCUACCUUCGUGAGCUCUCCCAGCUGCAGAAACCAACAGAGACUACCAUUAAUGUUGAACCUAUGUUUGGGGAGAAGACACCUCAGGAAGAAAAGAUUGCCUUUUCUACUCAGCUAAUCUUGACCUGUGAUAAAAGCUGGGUCAAAUACCCUGUUCAUUUUGAACUGAUGAAUGCUAGUCGUUCAUUUUCUAUACAAGUGGAUCCCCGUGGUCUUCCAGAAGGUGCCCAUUACACGGAGAUUUGUGCAUAUGAUGUACAGUGUAUAGACAAAGGUCCUUUAUUCCGACUACCUAUAUCUGUGAUCAUUCCCACAAGAAUUAAAGAUACGGUUACAUACACCCUCAAGUUUGACAACAUGACUUUGUGUCCGGGUCAGAUAAGACGUCAUUUCAUUUCUGUACCUGAUGGUGCUUCUUAUGCAGUUGUUCACCUUAGUUCACAAGAUACAGAGAAAAGCUGCCGAAUUUUAUUGCAUGCCUUGCAGCUGUUUCCUCAGACAGAAUAUAGGUCACAUGAGUUUGAAAAGCUUGUGACCAUUGGAGACAGGGGAGACACAACUCAAGCAUUCUCAGUUAUUCCUAAUGUGACCCUUGAACUGUGCGUGGCCAAAUGGUGGGCCAAUUUAGGAGAGAGCACUCUUGAUUAUUCCAUCACCUUCAGCGGCUGUCAAUUGAUGGGUGGAUCACCAGUUAUGCAAGCGCCUCUUGGGAUCUGCCGUCUGGAUGUAUUUGGUUCGCUGAAGACAGAAGAAAUUGCUCCAAGCAUUAGUUUGCGGCAUCUUGUACAGCCCCUCAGGCCCAGUAGUCACAAGCUGAGACCGCUGUCUGACCGAGAUGAGCUGCCAUCAGGACGACGCAUUUAUGCUCUAGAUUUGGUGUACAACUUUUCCAUUUCUAAAGCUGAAGAAGUGAUUCCAGAUUGCUGCCUGCUCUCUAAUCUCCUGUAUGAGUCAGAGUACGAAAGUCAGCUGUGGAUGCUUUUUGACAGCAACAAGCAGCUUCUGGCUUCAGGAGAUGCUUACCCCCACAAGUAUGUUGCCAAGCUGGAAAAGGGAGAGUACACCAUUAUUCUUCAAGUGCGGCAUGAGAAGAGAGAAGCACUGGAACGUUUGCGGGAGAUGACAAUACUGCUGCACCACAAACUGCCUCAGCCGCUGUCUCUUGACAUCUACUCCUCCUGGCAGAACGCUGCUGCCACCAAGAAAAUUGUUUCAGCCCUGACCUUGACAAAAGGCUCCGUCACUCCACUGUUUAUUACUACUCUGCCAGAAGACAAGGUUCCUAAAGGAACUUCAGCAGGCUGGUUCCUGUCUGGCAUAAUGUCACUGGCUAAAGAAGAGCAGGUGAAGAAAGGGAGUUCUGUUCCUUUUAAGUACAUUCUAGCAGAAGCUCCACUGCGAUCAAAUUGCCCAAAAAAUGGCAAGGCCAAAAAGGAGAAGGAAGAAAAACAGAAGGAGAAAGAAAAGACUAAAGAAGAAGAAUACACGGAGGCCUUACGGGACCUGAAGAUUUCUUGGCUGUCCAAACUGCCCCUGGACCACUCAUUGUACGAUGAGCUGAAGCAACAGCACCGUGAUCACAUUCCUCUCAUUUUGGCACGUUUGCAAGCUCUAGAUUCAGACAAGGACAGAGACAAACACCUGACAAAAAUUGUUAGUUUGUCAGAAGAGGUGGUGCAGUCGACAGGCAUCAUGGACAUGCUGAUGUACUUUGGAAUGAAAGGAGACCAGAGGUCAAAUGCUGCCCUGAUAAAGACUGAGAUGGAGAAGAAGCGAGGCUGGGUGGUGGAGGCAUAUGUGAAGCUGGGCUGCGCUCUGACAGACCUGUGGACAAGCACUGACCUUGACAUUGAGUGCAUUGUGGAAGGAGCAGACACUGUCAGCAUUCAGCGGAUCGACCAAGUGCUGCUGGAAGUGCAGAAGUUUGCUGACCUGACAGACAGCAAAGUUUUGCCUUUCAGCAUAAAACAUGCUUUGGUGCAUAAGCACUAUGCAAGGGCUGCCAAGUUUUUGUCCAAACAGAUGGAGGAAAAAUCAAGCAGAGCCACAGAGCUGAAACUUGUUGAGAUUUUCACAAAAUUAGGCUGGUACCACUGUGCUCGCUUUCACCAGGACUGGCUGUCUGUGAAGUUCCCUCCAGGCUAUCGACUCUUCUAGAUACAACUUACAGACUUCUUGUGUCUCUUACUGCUGAUGUGUAUAAUGUUGUACCGACAGCUUCCGCACCCUGAAAUGUGUCCCAGACAUUGCUAUGUGCUCAGAUCCUUAAUCAGACUAAUAAUAGUCUUUUUAUUCUUUUUAUUUUUGUCUUUGUUUCUAAACAUUUUUUUCACACUUAACACACUUAGAAGUUUCUUGUAGACAAAGUCACAGCCAUUUUCACUUGAUAGAAGUCAGCUGAGAUCCGUGUUCUCCAAAAUGCAUGCUAUGUUUGAUAAUAUUUAUGUCUGCCCAUGAGAAAUUUUAAUAAAGAAGUAUUAUGUCUUUAAUUAAUGAAGUAGUCCAUCUAAUUGAUUAUCCAUCAUCACUUUCAUUUUAGUCACAAAUGUACAUACUGACCAUGGCAUUCAAUGUCUUAUGUCAUUGAAAUCAUUUGGUCUUAACUUUUGCUUUUGCCUCCCCUUCUCCUAAAUGUGGCAGCGCCAUACAUUGUCAGACAUUUCAGUUGUCUUGCCCAUGCUGUAUUACAGAAUUACAGCUGGGCCUGAACUGGGCAUUAGUCUUGUGAAAUGUAAAGGGCCAGUGAGUAAGAUUUUUACGAUUCCUCUUGGUGGAACUUGCCAGAGAACACUAGUGUCAAAUUAUGCUCAUCAAGUGAAAGCCUGGGAGUAAGUGCACUUGACCAUGGGGCACAAGGUCCGCCAAAUGUGCCCUAGACACAGUGAACCCCUUACAUUCACUGCCUCAUCAACCAGCCAUUUGUAAAUUCUUUCUUUACUAAUUAUGCUUAUAAACAAAUUGUAUUGCUAACAAUGGCAAAGGAGAUCUACUGGGCAUUGCUAGGAAUGAAUCAUGUUUACUGUUGUGGCAGGGACAGUUUCUUAUCAGCUUUUUUUGUGAUGAUAUCCGCUGUAUCUGUCUGUAUUGUUUGUCAUGUCCUUCCCUCCAGCUGGAAGGUUUUUCUGGCUGGCUGCUUUCUCAGGUGAUAGUGAUAGUUUUCAUUAAUGUCUUAUGCUCAGCUUACAUCAAGAAGUAGAGUUGAACUGCUUACAAUAUGUGAGUGGUGUUCACCAAUGGUUUCUUUGGAUACCUCAAAAAAAAAGUGUGUUCCACAGAAAGAGAAAAGGGACCAUGUAUUUAAUUUUUGUUCCUGGUUUGUGCCAGCACUAUAGUUUCUGGCUUUGUCAUUAUAAUAAUCCAGGCAUAGCCACAUAUCACAGGGUAAUUUACUGGUGGAAGCUGCAAUAGAUUUGAACCAAAAUGUACAUUACCUCCUACUUUUGAUUUAAGAUUGUAUUCAAAGGGAGUGUUUGAGAAAAAGGGAGGGGAUUCAGGUAGGUUCAUUGGAAGAUUGGAGGUCAGCAACAGAAGACCCAGAUUGAUUUCUGAUUUUUAACUGUCCUAGCCACACUAGUACUUUUUGAUAAGAAUCAUAUGCAAGGUAACAAAAUGUGUUCUGCUUAUUUGAGCACAACUCGAAAGUUUUCUUUUUUUUAAAUUGUGCUCCUGUCUUUUUUUUUUUAGGUUGUGAUUCACAUGAUGUUCACUUUGGUUUGAUGCUGAAAUAGCUUGCAGAUGGACAAAAAUGGAAAUGCUAUUCAUCAUUUGUUUAUAAAGGCAUGCAUAGAUAUGGGCCCAUGCAUGGUAGUGGAUGUGUGAGAAGAAGUGUUAAAUUAUUGAGAAAUUGCUUAUGUUGCUGAGAGUUUGAUAAGGCAGUUUGCAACUGCUGUCACAGCGUAUUUUGAGAACUGCAGGAAGUGAAUGCAUGGACUCUGACUUUCCUCUGUCUGUUUAGUGCUUUGUUGUAUACAGAUGUUUCACAUGAACGUGUGACUGGUCAUAGAGGGUAAAAUAAAUGUAGAUAUAUGAU